ACGCCUCGUCGCUCAUUGCGGUUCACUACGAACGAACUCCUUCGCCGCUUCCACAGUGACUCGACCGGGAGGAGGAGAGCUGCAGACGCACAAUGGAGCCGAGCGCAGCGCGCAGACACUGAAACGCUCAUCCGUGUGGGGCUCUUUUUACGCACCACCGUGCCCGUUUCAUCCCGGUGCGGAGACUGAGUCCAACAUCGGACGUUUUUUUUGCAAAUAGAUUGGACAGUGUUUGUUUUUGUUUACGUUUCGCUGCAUCACACAAGAGGUCACCAUGCCUCCCACGACUCCGUAUGCGGGGAAGUUCAGCACUUGCGCGGCGUACAGCAGCAACAACAACAACCACGCGCAGCCUCACAGUCCGUACCGCAGCGGCACCGCUCCCAGACUGGCGAAGGAGAACCUCUACAACGGCGCCUACUCUGCGGCGGAAAACCCCUACGACAUCCCGCAGCCUCACGGCUCCUACCGCAGCUCCUCUGUCUCCUCUGCGACGGCGAAGGAGCAUCACUACACCAGCAGCUGCGCCGUCUCGGAGAACCCGUACUCGCCGCCGGCGCCGCAGCCGCAGCAGCAGCAGCAGCCUCGCAGCCCCCGACAGCACAGCAGCUCCUGUCCGGGCCGCGCAUACCGCCACACCACCGCCGCCGCCGCCGCCGCCGCCACCAGCAGCAGCAGUUGCAGCAGCAGCGAGCAGUCCUCCUGUCGCAACACCUCCGCCGCGGGGAAAGCUCGUCUUCACGGACAUGGCAUCACCGCUAGCUAUGGGGAGAUGUGUUACCAUGACAAUAGUUUGGUUUCAGCAUCUCUUGAGGCUCUGAUCCAGCACCUGGUCCCCACGGUGGAUUACUACCCUGACAGAUCGUACGUGUUCACCUUCCUGCUGAGUUCUCGCCUCUUCCUGCAUCCGUACGAGCUCAUGACGAGGGUUUGCCACCUGUGCGUGGAGCAGCAGCGGUCCGGAGACGCCCUGCUGGACAAGAUCCGUUUCCGCGAGGUGGCGCCCAAGCUGGUGCAGCUGCUGACCGAAUGGACGGAGACGUUUCCGUACGACUUCAGGGACGACCGGAUGAUGCGCUGCCUCAAGGACAUGACGCAUCACGUGGCCCGCGGCGAUGAGUACUCUUGGCGAGCCAUGCAGCAGAUGACCCAGCGGCUGAUCAAGCGGCUGUCGGCGCUCGGCCAGUACGAGGAGGCCGUGGCCGCGCUCAACGCCGUGGCCACGGAGCGGCCCGCCUCCCUGAAAAGCAAACAGGCCUCGGGCCAGCGGGGCGACGUCCUGAGCACCUGCGACGACCCCUUCGUCCUCGCUCAGCAGCUCACACACAUCGAACUGGACAGACUGAGUUUUAUCGGACCGGAGGAGUUCAUCCAGACGUUCGCCAUGAAGGAUCCCCUGGAGAACCAUAAGGGUUUCUUCCGGAAGCGUAAAACCAGCAACCUGGAGGCCUACGUCAACUGGUUCAACCGACUGAGUUACCUGGUGGCCACUGAGAUCUGUAUGCCGGUGAAGAAGAAACACCGAGCGCGGAUCAUCGAGUUCUUCAUCGACGUGGCUCAGGAGUGUUUCAACAUCGGCAACUUCAACUCCCUCAUGGCCAUCAUCACCGGGAUGAACAUGAGUCCUAUCGCCAGACUGAGGAAAACCUGGAGUAAAGUCAACACAGACAAAUUUGAAAUCCUGGAGCAUCAGAUGGACCCGUCCAGUAACUUCAGUAACUACCGCACUGCGCUCCGCGGCGCCACCCAGAGGUCUGAGACGGCUCACAGCAGCCAGGAGAAGAUUGUGAUUCCCUUCUUUAGUCUGCUUAUCAAAGACAUCUACUUCCUGAACGAGGGCUGUGCCAGCAGGCUCGCCAAUGGACACAUCAACUUCGAGAAACUGUGGGAGCUUGCGAAGCAGGUGAGCGAGUUCCUGGUUUGGCGUCAGGUGAUUUGUCCGUUCGACCGAGACCGACGGAUCCUCCAGUACCUCGUCACCACGCCGGUCUUCAGCGAAGACGAGCUGCACCUGGCCUCGUACGAGAGCGAAGGACCGGAGAACAACAUGGAGAAAGACAGUCGUCGCUCUCUCAGAUCGUCCCUUUCGCAUCGCGAGAAUCGGUCCUAAGAGAAAGAUCUCCUGUGCACUACAGACUCUAAAUGAGCAAGGAGGGUUGUUUUUAUAUAUAUAUAUAUAUAUAUAUAUAUAUAUAUAUAUAUAUAUAUAAAAGCUACAAAUCUACCCAAUUUAUCUUAUGGAUACAUAUUUUUGACAUUCCCACGGAAAAGAAGGACAAGAGAUGCAGCGGGGCCCAUCCUCUGACAGAUAAAGAGACUAUUAUCUGGGCUUUGAGAUCGCAAGGAGCGUCGAUGAUUUAAGGACCCCGGUGCUGCCGUCUUUUUGAAUCGAAUGAUUCCCGAGAGGAGCCGAGGUUACUGAUGUGGAGUACAAACCGUGCUUCUUCUUCAUCAUCAUCAUCAUCAUCAUCGUCAUGGGCUCCUGUCUGAGGCACUUAGAUGGACAUCAGGCGAAGGAAGGAGCGGCCUUUUCUUCCAACCUCGUUGGUUACAGCACUAGCACUGUUUUCCUGUGGAAAUGGCUGGAAGAGCUCGGUAUAAAAAAAAGAAAAAAGAAAACCCGCAGAGAGAGGAGAGAUCCACCCCGGGCCAUCGAUCUGUAUUAUAAAUAAUGGGCUGACAAAUCGCUUUUCCAAGUGCUGUUGCUGCUUGUUGUCUUAUCAAGUGCUUGAUUCAGUGCCAGCACGUUAAGCGUAACCUGCACCGCGUCUAGUCCAUUUGCUCCCACUUUGCGCAUAGCUCCAACAUCUCGCUAAAAUAGGAGUGAACGCAUCAGCCGCAUAUGCUCAUGUUUUGCUCUCAACAUUUUGUGGUGCGCGGCACUUUUCCUGCGUACUGGUGAUGCAAAGUUGUGCGAGUGACCGCAGCGGCGUGAUAAUCAUGCGACUUAAAUCAAAAUGCACUUCAGUGUGGUCUUCGCGUGUUGUAUUAUAGGAUUUGGUGACUCCUAUUUUAAGGCGUCUUUCUAUACAGUAUUAAGUUGUAUUUUGUAUCAGAAGACUUAAAAAAAAUUGAUUGUGUUUUCUCUUUCAAGUACUUUCUCCGAAGUUUCACCGUGAGCUUGUUGCUGGUUGGCCGGCUCUGUGAUGUUAAGCUAUUUUGUUAAUACGCCGGUUCACGUGCGGCAAAGACACAAACUGAUGUGUGUUAUAGAAGCUCGUCCUCCUCUUCAUCUCAUCCGUGAUCAUGUGAGCGUGAUGUUGUCGUUUUAAAAUCUGUCUGAGUGAAAGUGAUGCUACAGUACAUUUCUUUGUUUUCUUUAAGAAAAAAGGCUCAUUUUAUGUUCCAUAUGUUUUAUAAAGUGUUUCUCAUGUAUGCAUUUUUUUUCAGUGUUUGGGUUAUUUUGUGUAUCAUAUGUGUCAACGGCGGUCAGGGUACUUGUACUGAAGGCCUUUGUGAAAAGAGAAAUAUAUAUUUUUCCUUUCAAAUAAACAAAAUAAUUGAACAAAAA